CUGAAUUCAUAUCAGACUUUCAUUGUUGCAAAAACCUAACUAUUUUAUUUGCGAUUUCUCUCUUCUCUCUUCUCUCUUAAUCCCAAAUCAUCAAUGGCUCGUACAAAGCAAACCGCUCGCAAAUCCACUGGCGGCAAGGCUCCAAGGAAGCAACUCGCCACCAAGGCUGCCAGGAAAUCUGCUCCUACCACCGGUGGAGUCAAGAAGCCUCAUCGUUAUCGCCCUGGAACCGUCGCUCUCCGUGAGAUUCGUAAAUACCAGAAGAGCACCGAGCUUUUGAUCCGUAAGCUUCCAUUCCAGCGUCUUGUCCGUGAGAUUGCUCAAGAUUUCAAGACCGAUCUGAGAUUCCAGAGCCAUGCUGUUCUCGCACUUCAGGAAGCAGCAGAAGCCUAUCUUGUUGGUUUGUUUGAGGACACCAAUUUGUGCGCAAUUCAUGCUAAGAGAGUCACUAUUAUGCCCAAGGAUAUUCAACUUGCUCGCCGUAUCCGUGGUGAACGUGCUUAGGGUUAUAGAUUAUUACAAUUUGGGGAGAAUGAAUUAGGGUUUUAUUCAAUUUAAGUUUCUUUCAUGCAUUCUGUAGUUAGUUAGUUAUUUGUUAUGAAGACCAUUAUGAUUUAGGGUUUAUUUUUUGUGGACAACAACCUUCUUUUUCUUGACAUUUUGAUUUGAAUACACCUAUGAGUUUUUCUCUUGUUAA